GGAGAUCGGAGCCUAAAAACGUCAGCUUGCAACUUUAAAUGUCGCAGACAUACAUUGUUUGAUAAAAAGAUUUUUGCGAUGGAAGAUAUAUUAGAGCCGGAGUUAGUGUGGGUGGAUGGCAGAUGUUAUAGAUGUUGUGACAGUUCUGCUUGGUGUCAAGAAAACGAGCUGCAAUCUUAUGUUGAAGAGGCUUAUGAACCAGAUUAUGGAUCGAACGAUGAAGAAUCUUGCGAUGCUUCCAUUGAAAUUGUACCAGUGAGGGGUGAUCGCUUGGAACACAGGUUUUAUGUGAAUAGUAAUUUUUAUCGUUUUAUUAUUGGGUCUAAGGGAGCUACCUUAAAACGAUUGGAAACCGAUACAAAUACUGUAAUCACAGUACCUAGACAAGGUCAAAAUGGUGAUAUAAUUAUUACUGGAGCGAACCGCAGGGACAUUUUUUCUGCAAGGACAAGAAUUGAUUUGUUGAUAGAAACUUCUAGAAGUAAAUUAGAAUUUACUCAUUUCAUUUCAAUACCAGCCAACUUUGAUGAAGUAAAAGGAAAUUUCAAAAAAUUCAAAGAUGAUAUUUUAGAAAAUUGUGGCAUAGGGGCAAGGGGGAUACAGGAAGAAAUAUUUCAAAAACCAGAAAAAUUGCACCUUACCAUUAUUAUGUUGGUUUUAUUGGACGAAGAAGAUCGAACAAAAGCCGUUGAAGCUUUGAAUACUUGCAAGACUGACAUUGUCAUGCCAAUUUUGAAUAAAAAUGGACCAAUAGAGGUGGAGUACAGAGGAGUAGAAAUCAUGAAUGAUGAUCCAAGAGAAGUCGAAAUAUUAUACAUAAAGGUUCAUGAUGAGAGUGGUUGUCUUCAACAAAUAUCUAAUAAAAUUGCUGAUUACUUUAUUGAUGAAGGUUUAACAAGAAGACAGUACGAUAGAGUAAAGUUGCAUAUGACAGCAAUGAAUACACAUUUUCUCCUAGAUGAGACUCAAGAAUAUCAAAAACGAGGGACGUUUGAUGCAUCAUAUGUCUUAGAAACACAUGAAAAUACUUAUUUCGGAAAAGCAUUGCUCACUGAAAUUCAUCUCUCGUUGAAGCAUUCGAAAUCUGUAAAAAAUGGCUAUUACUUAGCAUCGUCUAAAAUUGUGUUUGAUGAUUAGAUAAAGUAAUUAUGACCUUUUUGUCGACUCGCGCUAUACAAUGAAAAUGGGUUUACAUGAAAAUUGUUACCCGCAAUACGAAAAUUAUUAACAUUUUUUUAAAAAGCAUCGCAUUGUGGAAGUACUACCACCAAAGGGUUGUAUUACACUUAAAAGUGUUGAAACACUAAAGAGGUAUAAAACAAAACUGAUAGUUUUUUCAGAAUCGUUAAUUUCCUUCAUACAAAUAUGGAUUGUGCAAAUAAUACCCAGUACAUUUUACAAUAUUAUAUGGUCACAUCGAAUCAACAAUAAAAAUAACAAGUGAUAAAUAACUUGAUACUGG